AUGGGGGAAGACGAGACGGUGGAUUUUGAGUCGUUGAAGCAGACAUACGUGUUCUGGAACAUAGAUGACUACCCAAUCGCUGUUGAUGGUAGCGUUGAUGUUGGUUCUGUUUUUGAUGAUAUGUUAAAAGCUCUUGAUAUAAUGGGCUUUCGUGAUCAGCACAUGACUGUGAUGAUGUAUUCUGAGCAACUCAACUACGACAAAAAAGACUUGUGCGACGCUGAAGUAAUCCGUCCCUACUUACACCAAAGUGGUUCUUAUUCUUAUGCGUCCUUUCUUUAUAAAGUGCCGGCCAUCACUGUGGAUAUGAUUCGUCGCGCAACAAUGCUUGGACCAGGACCAAUAAAUUUUUGGGUAAUCGCAAAACCAAAAAGAGAGUUAGAGAGGGUUCUGCAGUGUUUGAAAUCUAGGCGUCACAAUGUUCUGCGAUGUCCUUUUCGGCCUGAUGUAGACGAAUUUCUCUUUAGUGUAGACUCUCUGCUUGAGAAUUCACGACUCUUAGGGGGAGGAAAGCCAAGAUUCAAAGAUUUGUAUCCUAAUGCAUAUUAUGAGUAUGAUAUGUACGAAGAAAAGUAUGUAGAGAUCAAAGAAGAUGUCUCCAAGACGGUAGAUUUCUCCGAGCGUAUCCCAACCAUCAUAGGGGCUAGGACAGCCGUCUUCUGGGAUGCCGUGGAUUGUCCAUUCCCUCUUGGUUCCACUCCUGAUGAGAUCUACAACUCUAUCUCAUCAGCUCUUGUGGCAAGGGACUUUAGUGAUAACGUGACAAUCUGGGCCUAUCUUGAUGAUGAUCAUGAUAACAAGAGGGAUGCCUUACUGGGUGCUGACAAGACGUGGGCUUCUAGAAUCUACUUUCUCCCCGGAGGGGAUAAAGCCUCGAGACGUAUCAGAAUGUUAAAUGACAUUUUUUUGUGGAUGAGGGACUCUCCCAGGACGACCUGCGGGCCUUAUGAAGCUAGUGUGGUCCUAGUCGCAGACCAGUUCAAAGAUGACGCUUACUACGUCCAUAUGCUUCAAAAAGUGCAUGACAUGCGUUACGAUCUUAUCUUCGUCACUCCAACUUCCCACAUCAACAAACCAGAAAGCCCUGAAUGGCCUGGGUUGCUUAUUGAUAAAGGCGCAGCCUGUUUUGCCGAACCUAGUCCCCAAAAGCUUGAAGCCGAUGCUGCUGCUGCUGCGGCGGCCCAAGAAGAAGAAACACCUGAGAUGCUUCCAGUUAUGAGUAGUGACUUGGAGGAGGAUUACAGUCGUCCCUGCCGUUUUGGUGAUGAUGAAACAAGCAGCGAAAGCUCUGAUGAUGAAUACCUGCUGCUUCAUGACACUCUUCCCUUGGAGCCUGAGGACAUGAACAUGCAAGAAAGCGAUGAAUGGCCAGGCUCUGAAGAAGCUUGUCCUGAAAAGAAUAAUGAAGCCGAAGAAGAAACAACAACAACAACAACAACUGCCAAGUUUGAUCCCAUUUAUCGCUGGGAUCCUAUUAAUAUGUGUUACAAUCUAUACGAGGAGGAGGAUGAAGCCGAUGAUGCCAAAGAAGAAACAACUGACAUACUUGUUGACCUGUAUCGCUGGGAUCCUUUUACUAUGACGAUGAACAAAUUCAAAAGCCUUGGAGGAGGAACAGGGCGGCAAAUAGAUGGAGGAUCAGGCUGGGGAAACUCUGAAGAACCUUAUCUCAAAAAGCAUAAAGCCAAUGCGGCCGAAGAAGAAACGUCUGAUGCGGCCGAAGAUACCCCUUAGGUGGUCGGGACUAGCUAGUUUCGAUGAAAAAAAAUUAAUUUCUCUAACUUUUAAAAUAGUUUUCCGUCACUCCACACAGUUUUUGAGGAGAGUAAUUAGUUUUUUUUUUUUUUUGUCAAUUUUCUCUUUUCAUUAGAGAAGCCCA